CCAUGGGGACGCUCGUGGCCAAACUGCUCCUGCCCACCCUCAGCAGCCUGGCCUUCCUCCCCACUGUCAGCAUCGCUGCCAAGAGGCGCUUCCACAUGGAGGCCAUGGUCUACCUCUUCACCAUGUUCUUUGUGGCGCUCCACCAUGCCUGCAGCGGGCCCGGCCUGUCCGUCCUGUGCUUCGCGCGCCACGACCUCCUGGAGUACUUCAGCGUCUACGGCACGGCGCUCAGCAUGUGGGUCUCUCUGAUGGCACUGGCCGACUUUGAUGAGCCCCAGAGGUCGACGCUUGUGAUGUUCGGUGUCCUGACCAUAGCCGUGCGGAUCUACCAGGACCGCUGGGGCUACGGGGUGUACUCGGGCCCCAUUGGCACAGCCGUCCUCGUCAUCGCAGCUAAGUGGCUGCAGAAGAUGAAGGAGAAAAAGGGCCUGUACCCCGACAAGAGCGUCUACACCCAGCAGAUAGGCCCCGGCCUCUGCUUCGGGGCACUGGCCCUGAUGCUGCGCUUCUUCUUUGAGGACUGGGAUUACACCUAUGUCCACAGCUUCUACCACUGCGCCCUGGCCCUGUCCUUUGUCCUGCUGCUGCCCAAGGUCAACAAGAAGGCCGGGAACACAGGGACACCGGCCAAGCUGGGCUGUUCCUCCCUCUGCUGUGCCUGCAUCUGACAUUGCCCCCAGCUCCGAGCCCACCCUCCCACGUCUCAUGCCCAGCAAGAGGCAGUCUCCUCCUGGGGCUCCUCCUGUCCUCCCCACUGGGGUGUCCAGGAGAAGCGGCCCCCAGGGACGGGCGAGGCUCCGCUACACCGUGCUACGUGCUGCUGAGGAACCCACGUCUCCAGUCUUCACUGGGCACUGGGCACCGUGCAGGAAAGAAAAGAACUUUCUCCUCCUAGGCCUUGUCCCCACCAACAGAGCGUCUGGCGGAACCCUCGGACCAGCAUCUGCCCUGCUCACCUCCCUUCCCGUUCCCACCCCCGGCCGGGGGCCCAGAAGUCCUAGCCCAGUGCCAGCUGCGACGGGAGGGCCGCCUGCCACCCUGGGCCUGUGCCCUCCCGCGUCAUCUGUUUUCUCUAGGAAGCUGGUAUCACCACCUCAGUCCUCUGCCCUCAGGCUCUGAAUGCAGCCAUUUAGGAAGCUGGACCCAGCGGGGCCGGGGGUCCUGCUCUGUCCUGGCCCAGGCGUGCCCUCGACCCCACCCCUGCAGCCGGGACCCUCAGUCAAGCCGCUUCAGUAACAA